AUGGCGGAUCAGCUGACAGAAGAGCAAAUUGCUGAGUUCAAGGAGGCCUUCUCACUGUUUGACAAGGAUGGUGAUGGUACAAUUACCACUAAAGAGCUUGGGACUGUCAUGCGUUCUCUGGGCCAGAACCCUACUGAGGCUGAGCUGCAGGACAUGAUCAACGAGGUGGAUGCUGACGGUAAUGGAACAAUUGACUUUCCUGAGUUCCUGACCAUGAUGGCCAGGAAGAUGAAAGACACGGACAGUGAGGAGGAGAUCAGAGAAGCAUUCAGGGUCUUUGAUAAGGAUGGAAACGGUUACAUCAGCGCGGCAGAGCUACGGCACGUCAUGACCAAUUUAGGGGAGAAGCUCACCGACGAGGAAGUGGACGAGAUGAUCCGUGAGGCUGACAUAGACGGCGACGGUCAGGUCAACUACGAGGAGUUUGUCCAGAUGAUGACUGCCAAGUGA